GUUCUCUUUGGCGUGCUGUCAGUGUCGCCUCGCACUCGAGUGUCUGAAGAUACUUUGUCAAAGGCUUUGAGGGUCUACUUAGAACUGGUGGGGAUGGUUCCAGCUGUUGGCAUUGGUGAAGCUGCCAUAGAACAGUGGUGUGACAAGAUGGCAUUUGGGACCAAAAAGUUGGUGUGUCGUUUCAAGAAACUGUGGUCAGAGACCCCAACAGCUGCCAAGAGCAAAGCCCUUGAUGCGUUGAAGAAGCGGCUCAAUGAUGGCAUUGCCUCCGAAGCGUCUUUGGGAAGCUCAGCCAGCUCAGCUUUGAGUUUGGGGGGCGGUGAUUCGGCCAGCUUCUUGGAGAGUGAUGCGUUUGAAUGGGGGAAAUUGGAAGCUGCACUCCUUCAAGCAGAGCAGGACAAU